CCAUGCCCGGCGGGGGCCGUGCAGGCGGCUCGGGCCGUGACCCGUGGUGGCGCCGGUGGCCGUGGUCCAGUUGAAGGACCCAGCGGGGUGACUGGGGCCGUGGUCCGGGUUACGGACCCAUGGUGGCAUUUGGAGCUGUGGUCCAGUUCAAAGGCCCAUGGUGGCGUUGGGGGCAGUGGUCCAGGCCCUGGGCCCGUGGUGGCGUGUGGAGCCGUGGUGCAGGCUGCUGACCCAUGGCCGUGGUCCAGUUCAAGGACCCAUGGGGACAUUUGGGGGAGUUGGCCAAGCCAUGGACCCACAGUGGCAUUUGGAGCUGUGACUCUGGUGAGCCUGUGGCCGAAACCGGCCCUUGGUCAGGCGACGAAUGAUGUCUCUGUGGAGCUGCCUGUCCAUCCUCCCUGGGGCUUGGUGCCGGCUUUACCUGCGCCACAGUUGCAGGAUCCGAGGCACUGGGAAACCGUGGGAGCUUCUUCAGGUUCAGCAAUUCACAAUCCCUUUUCUCUCCUUGUUUAUCUGGCUGCUAAAGCUAGCCCCAAGUGCCUAUUACUGCUGAUGUCUUUGGCUGUGGUAAAGUUGCAAACAUUGCGCAAAAACUCUCUUUGCCCCUACAGCUGUUCCUGUAACGACUCCCACUGCAGCUCAGCUCCCCCCUCCCUGUCCCUCUCUGCAGAAGAUCAGUGUCUCUGUUUGUUUAAACUUUGUGUUCUUCGCUUCCGUUCCACGUGAUGCCUUGGGCUAAACUUUUUAAUCACUCCUGGGCCAGCACUUGCUCUGCUGUGUUGGUUGCAGUUCCUCCAACAUGAUCAUCAGCUUGAUGAUCCGAGUGCUCAUGAUGUUCCCGCUGGGAUUUUGCUGGCCAUCGGUUUUCCGAGAGAAAUUUCUCAGAGCUUUGGAUCCGGAAGAUAUUUUCUCUUAUUUUGGCACCAGCUCGGUUUCUGACGUCCCUGAGUUUGAUGUUGUUCAGCCAAUUUGCCCUUGUGAAGAAGAGCAGAUUGGGCUGGCGUCAUGUCAGAUUCAGCACUGCUACGUUGAGGCCUGGGGACAACUCUAUGCUGUUGGGUUCCUAGAGGAUCAUGCUCUCCUGUCCCCUUCCUUUGUGAGCAAUCACAUGGUGAACUCUUCCUUUAGCUUACUGAAGCGAUUCUCAGGCAACUGCUUUGCAGGUGGAAAUCCACUGCAACCCCCAGGGGCUAAAUGUAGAGUCACUUACUGUGAAGGGCAGCUGCAAGGAGUCAUCAUUGCAGAUGAGGAAAAGAUUCAUAUCAGACCUGUCAGAAGCAAAGAUAUUGCCCUGCUGAAGAACCUUGGCUUCUCCAGACCCCACAUUAUCUUCAGAAAUGCUAGAAGAGGGGCAAGUACAGCAAGAGGGCAGUCUUCUCGCCUGCAGAAGAGGGCUGAGGGAACUGUCAAACAUCUGGAACUGAUGGUUGUAGCAGGUCCUGAUGUUUACUUGUACCACAAAGAGGACACAGAGCGAUACAUUCUUGCUAACCUGAACAUUGGAGCAGAGCUGCUGAGAGAUGCUUCACUGGGUGCUCAUUUCAGGGUUCACCUGAUGCAAAUAAUUGUUUUGAGAGAACCAGAGAUAGAUGUGAACAUCACAACAAAUAUCACCUCCUCGCUGAUCAGUGUUUGUGAAUGGAGCAAGAAAGUCAACCCCCAGAAUGACUCUGAUCCCCAACAUGCUGACGUUGUCCUGUAUGUGACCAGGUUUGACCUGGAGUCACCUGAUGGGAACAAGGAGCUACGUGGAGUGACCCAUUUAGGUGGAGUCUGCUCCUCCUUCUGGAGCUGCAUUAUUACCCAGGACACAGGCUUUGACCUGGGGGUCACUAUAGCCCAUGAGAUUGGGCACAGUCUUGGAAUCUCCCACGAUGGUGAGGGGAAUCGCUGCAGUAGAAGCGGUUACAUCAUGGGUGGAGCAGGAAACCACAACAGUAUUGACCUUACUUGGUCACAGUGUAGCCAGGAAGAGUUUCUGGCCUUUGUCAGCACAGGCCAAACAAACUGCUUAAAUGACCUGCCGGACAUGGAUGGCAGCAUCCCUGGGUGGAAGCCUGGCUUAUACUAUGGAGCAGAUGAACAAUGUAAAAUAGCCUUUGGGAACGUCGCCACAGCGUGCACCUUUGCUGACAGCAACGUUGAUAUAUGUAAGGUUCUCUCAUGCCAUGUACAACCAAAAGACAAAUCCAGCUGUACUCGGCUUCUUGUUCCCCUCUUGGAUGGUACUGAGUGUGGAAUCAAUAAGUGGUGCUCCAAGGGACGGUGCAGCUCUCUGGAAGAGCUGAACCCCAUGGCUGUAGUACAUGGGCAGUGGUCCAGCUGGAGCCCUUUCUCCUCCUGCUCCCGCAGCUGUGGAGGUGGAGUUGUGAAAAGGCAGCGAUUCUGCAAUAACCCCAGGCCUGCUUUUGGGGGGCAAGAGUGCCAAGGAGCUGGCAUCCAAGUAGAGAUGUGUAAUACCCAGGCCUGUCUGAUGAGCCAGCUGGAUUUUAUGGCUGAACAAUGCGCAGCAACAAAUUUAGAACCACUGGAUCCUACUGCAGAAGUGCCAUCCUUUUAUACCUGGACUUCUGCUGUUGGCUUUGCCAAAGGGGACUUGCUGUGCAAGCACAUGUGCAGAGCAGUUGGAAAAGCAUUCAUGGUAAGCCGUGAAGAUAGUUUCAUAGAUGGAACCAGAUGUGAGCAGGAUAACUCUGAUCACCAUGGGACUUUCCAUCUGUGUGUAAUGGGAAGCUGCAAAGCAUUUGGAUGUGAUGGUCAGAUGGAUUCCAAGAAGACAAUGGACUCUUGUAAGGUCUGUGGGGGUGAUAAUACUACAUGCACCAAAGUGAGUGGAUCUUACACAAAAGGAAAAGCUAAAGAGUAUGUUACAUUUCUGUCCCUGCCUUAUAACACUACUUUUGUCCACGUUAUCAAUUGGAGACCACUCUUCACACAUUUGGCUGUGAAAGUUAAAGGUGAGUAUGUGGUUGCUGGAAAGGGAAAAAUCUCACUGAAUGUCACCUAUCCGUCUGUUCUGGAGGACAGCCAGAUCAAAUACAAAGUGUUUCUCACCAAGGACAACUUUCCCAGCCUGGAGGAAGUCCAUGUGGAUGGGCCAACCCAAGAGGAAAUUGAGAUACAGGUCUAUAGAAGGUAUGCAAAAGAAUACGGCAAUGCCACCAACCCGGACAUCACCUUCAGCUACUUUGUGCCGAAAGAGAAUCUGACAUAUGUGUGGAUUUCUCAGAAGGGGCAAUGCUCAGUGACCUGUGGGGAAGGGACUCGCUUGGUGGAUCACGUGUGCUUUGACCGGACAAAGAAUGAAACAACAGAGGAUCAGCAGUGUUUGGGCCUCCCACAGCCCCUUUCAGAGCAGGAGCCCUGUGCCAUGGGACCUUGUCUGUACAGGUGGAAGAAAUCUGAAAUAGAUGAAUGCUCUGCAGUCUGUGGAACUGGAGUUGCCCAGCAGAAUCUGACCUGUGUCCAGUCUCGUGAUGGAUUGGAGACUGUUGUGGAUGACAGCUUGUGUGCAGCAGAGGAAAAACCUCUCUCCAUUGUGCCAUGCGUGGUUAACGUCUGCCCUUUAGGCUGGGAUAAAGAGGAAGAUGCAAACUUGCUGCAGACUUCAGAAUCAUUUGGGCAUAUCCAACGGGAAAAUCAGCCCGUGUAUGUCUGGAGCCCUCUGGCUGGGGAGUGUUCUGUCUCCUGUGGUAAAGGAAAAACUCAGCUACAGUAUGUAUGUGUGGCUUUUGAUACCAAAGAAGAAACCCAAGAAGAAAAUUGUCACCCAGUGCCAAAGCCUGAGAGCAGGAUGGAAGUUUGCAAUCUCAAUCCCUGUCCAAGAUGGAAGGUAGCCCCAGCUGGCCCCUGUUCCGCCACCUGUGGGCUCGGCUUAGCUGUUCAGCUAGUUACUUGUGUUCAGAUCCACCAAGGCCAAGAGAUGUUGUUGGAGGACCACUUAUGCCCUGUGACAGAGAAGCCCCUUACCAGCAUCCCCUGUGUCAUCCGAAUGUGCUCUUAUGAAUGGAGCUUCAGCGAAUGGACGGAGUGCUCAACUUCAUGUGGGAAUGGUGUUCAGACACGUCAGGAUUUCUGCCUCAACCCGCUAACCCGUAAGCACGUGAACCCCAUCUUCUGCAGGCACUUCCCGAAGUCCAUCGUGCUACGUGGCUGCUCCGCAGGGCCCUGCCCUGAGCAGGCAGUGGCAGCCAGGUCCCAUGGAGCAGAGCUCCAGGCAGUGACACCAGCCAUGCAUCUGAUGACAGCCACAACUGCCAAAUGGGCAAAAUAUAAGGGUCUGAAUCUUCCUUCAACUGCUGUGCCACCUCUUCCUCAGGAACAAACAGAGGAGGCUGGUGAAGGUGUCUGUGGGAGGCUUUUUCUUAAUGUCACCGGGGUCAUCAACAUGAUGGGUGUAGAGAGCAGUGACUGCGCUGUGACCAUCGGACGCCCUCUUGGGGAGGAGAUAACAGUCAGCGUUCUGGAGAGCUCCCUCAAUUGCAACGCAGGGAAUGGGGUCAUUCUUCAGUACAGCAGCAGAGCAGCAACUAAAAAAUAUUACCAAGACUGUGACAAGCAACUGUUUGGUCCCCAAGGUGAUAUAAUGUAUCCUGUGCGAUUAUCUGAUCAAAGGCAAGAAGUAGUAUGUCGGACCUUCAUCAAUGUGGCUCCUCGGCAUCGCAUAGCCAUCCGCGCCCUGUAUAUUGACCUGGGCAAUGAGACCAACCAAACGCAGUCUAAUUACAUCCUGAUCCGUGAUGUAAGCACCAUGAAGACCAUGGUGUUUCAUGGGAACCAACAAUUCUUCUGGGAAUCGACUGGAAGCCAAGCUGAAAUUGAAUUUCAUGAAAAUGUUAAGGAACAUCGAACCAGUUUCUGGGCUGAGUAUCACAUUGCUGAGCCUAAAUAAAAGGUGCCACGACCACCCCACUGGCAAAGCCCGUGGUCUAGUUAGUUAUUGCUGCCCGUUCACUGUCCCAAGUCACACAAGUUAUUUAACCUUUUUGUGUCUGCUUCGCUAUCUACUGAGUAAGAACAGUACUAUCUACCCAAUCCUUUGAGACCUCAGUAUUUAUAAACUUAAUGCAAAAGACAUUAUGGAACUACUAAGUAUUUAACAAACAGUCCUCAAGGGUUCUCUGUCUGUAUUGAUUGGUAUUAAUACAGUUUACUUGUCUGCAGUUAGUGACUUGGACACCGAAGUCAUAGGGUCCUAUUUCUGUUAUAUGUUGUCACCUUACAGGUUAAUUAUUUCUAUUUUCAAUGUCUCAGUGUCCCAUUACAAACCUCUGUCUGCCAUAAAUAGCUAAGAUUAUGGUUUAAUCAUUAAGUUCACACUCCUGCACUGUAAAUGCUGGUUAAAACUCCUCAGGCCCAUUGAAUUCAGGUAUAAAGGCAAAGAUGUGUGAGAGGACAAGAUAUUAGGACAAGAGGACUAGACAAAUAUAUGAGGGCAAGACAGUGUCUUUGCCCAGGAGGGUAGUUCAGCCCUGGAACAGGUCACCCAGAAAGGUGGUGGAAUUGCCAUCCUUGAAUGUUUUCAAGACUUGGCUAGACCAAGGCACAGCUGACCUGAUCCAGCAAUGGCAAUAGUUUGGCUUUGUACGGGAGGUUGGCCUAAGUGACCUCCAGAGGGCCAUCCCAGCCACCACUUCUGUGGUUCUACUAUUACAUAUUUGAUAGUGAUACCAGUACUUCUUUUCUAUGUGAAAAUAAAACACUAUGAGAAAAUAA